AAUGUUAAUUAAUUUAAAUAUUUUAAUAAUUUUUUGUCUUCCCCUAUUUUUAUUAAAUACACAAUUAACACAAUCUGUCCAUGUUAGUAUUGAUAUGAAUCCGGAAAAAUUUGAAAAAAUUAUUCCACAAAUAAAAAUUGAGGAAAAUAAUGAUUUUGUAAAACAUUUAUUUUCUUUGAAAAAUAAAGAGGUUGGAAAACUUGUUUUUAUUGGGGGUUAUGUAUGUGUUGAUAUUAGUAGACCGAACCGAGAGUAUCAUAAGACUUAUGAGAUACAUAUCUAG